UGGUAACAAUGACGGGGGAACUGAUAUACGUGGACGUUUAUAUUGUAUGGACUUUGUAAUCCAAUGCAAGGCUUGGGUGCAUUCAAUAGGGCUUAAGAUCAUUCGAGAGUUGGAUGGGGCUCUUACUCAACCCGAAAAUAGGGGAGCUAUCGGUGUUGUAGUGAUUCCUGAUUAUGGAAGAUUUUCUUUUGAUGCG